CUAAACCAGCACCAAAGGGGAGAAAAACCCAGGGUUUUGUUCCCACUGGUUACUCUUGUAAUCAUUUUCUCAGCAACCAAACACCUUUGGAAAAAAAAAAAAAGAAAUAAAAAAAAGCACCUCAAACAAUCUUCAAUCGCCUUCUAAUCAAAAUCCGCUCAUUGUUUCGUCUGGAAGGUUUAAUUUUCGGUAAGAAGUUACUUUCUCGUCGUAUCUCCCUCAAUUUUCUCAGCAACCAAACACAAACUUGCACUAAUUCAAGGUUGUGCAGGCUCUGAACUGAACUAGUUUACAGUCAUGGCAACCGAAGAGCCAAGAGACCCGUUCAAAGGGGUGGAUUGGAAAGCUGUUGGCAAUGACAUGCAGAAGGACCCCGGUGUUAAACCAGGGAUAAAGAAGCGGCUUCCCAGAAAGAUUAGGCAGAUUCCGGAUUGCUAUUUUCUUCCCCGAAGAUCCCUACCCUACAACAUUGCGUUUUUUGGAGCGUGCAUUGCUGGUGGAAUUGGUGCUGGCAUGCUGUUGGAGGUCUGGAUAAACAAGAAAGUUAGAGAGCCUAUGCUAAUAUAUUCCUGCUUCGGUGUUGCAGAGGAUGGAGGCGUCAUAUGGGAGUUCGACAAAAAAUAGCCUUAGAUAGAUGGAAUCGUUGAAUGUGACGGCAUUAAAAACGUCCCGCCUUCUUCCUGUACCUCUUCUCUUUCGGAAUUUUCUUUAAAUCGGCAUAGGCUGUAAAGAUUUUGGAAUUCGAUUUCUACGCCGAUGUUUGCUCUUGAAAUUUUUGUGCAAUGACUAAUGAGCAUACGAUGUUCUCA